GAAUGAUAAAGAGAAAAAAAAUACGGAUGUUCUCAUAUUUGUUUUUUACUGCUGCUCAAAGUGUUUUUGAUAUGAUUUUCAACGACGAACUAAUCAAACAUUACUUUAUAAUAUUUUCAAUAGGUGUAGUUGUUCAACCAAUAGAAGCCAUAGAUUUCAAACAGGAAACUUUUAUAUUUUUCACCGAUUACAAAAUAACAACCAAUGAUUCCAUUCUGUUAAAUGAAGUGAGAUCUGCACAAGCAUGUGGCUCAGUUUGUUUGACCACAUCUGACUGUUGUGCUGUUUCCUAUAUCAGUAAUACCAGGGAAUGCUAUCUGGAUACUUCGGGUUCGAGUAGUUCACAAAAGGUCCCGUAUGUAGGAUCAAUGGUCAUGAUAAGACAUAUGUAUGCUGUCCCUGACGGAAAUGAUCCAGUUCUACCCACUGUCGGUGGAACUGUUCCUGGCGGAAAUAAUACAGUUCUACCAACAGACUGCGAAGAUGCCUCUGGUGGAAAUGGUAUAUACACGAUAUAUCCAAGUACCGGAAAUGACUUCUAUGUGUAUUGUGAACUUGGAUCAGAUAAUCAAUACUGGACUGUUAUUCAAAGGCGUGUGAAUGGACAAACAAAUUUUUACGAGACAUGGCAAACGUACAAAAUGGGUUUUGGCGACUUAGCAGAUGAGUUUUGGUUAGGUAAUGAGUACAUUCACAUGCUGACUUCAAAAAAUGAUUACACCUUGAGAAUCGAAUUGGAAAACUUUUCGAAUGAAAUGAGAUACGCAGAAUACGAUUCGUUCCAAAUAUUGGAAGAGCUGUCUAAUUAUCAAUUGUCAGUCGAAGGUUACAGCGGCAAUGCAGGUGAUAGUUUAGACUUCCAUAACGGCAUGCCAUUCAGUACCAAAGAUCGAGACAAUGAUCCUUCUCCCAAUGACUGUGCAGUUGUAUACCUUGGCGCCUGGUGGUAUAACAACUGUCAUCAUUCUAAUUUAAAUGGCAAAUAUUUAUCCGGAUCUCAUAUCUCUCUGGCAGAUGGAAUUGAAUGGUUUACAUGGACAGGACACCACUAUUCAUUAAAAUCGUCCAAAAUGAUGAUUAGAAGGGAGACAAUUGUAUCAAUUGGUUAGAGACUCGUUUCAGUAGGUAUUCUUCACAUUAUUCGGGUUGACUGUUCGAGUUCAAAAUUGGUGUUGUUUCUUCCUUGCUUGCAAUGAUUAUUUAGUUUUUGCUUGAUACUACAUCUUGCAGGUUUAUUUGAAGUUAUAUUGCCUAAUACUUUUCAUCUGUAUAGUUAAGUCUAUGUUUAGUACAUUUGGCGGCUAGUUUCAAUCGGUAUAUGCCCUGUUUAGCUUACAUUUUACUAUAUACUUAUUGUUAAUGGCUGGUCGCUUGUUUGCUGAAUUUGCUGAUUACAUAAUUUUGGUAUGACUGCUAAUUAUUUUUUUCUAUCAUGUUCUAUGAAAUAUUUUUGCUUGCAUGUUAUUUUUAAUAUAUCAAGAAUACACUAUGUCGUGAUAAUAUUGAGCUACGUUUGUUAUUGGAUUCGCGGCACAUUUGAACUUUAUUGUUGAAAACAUUAGUUAUUCAACAACCCUACCGCCACUAACAACUAUUAUAAUAUUAAUUAACAUCAAUCUUAUGAAUUUAUUAAUAAAGUAGUGUUAACCUUAGUGUGGCUAGUUUAAGUGAUUAUUUAAUCUGUUUGGCUU